CUUCAGGGCGGGAGCCGGAAGUGCUGCGGGAGUUCUCGGCUUGAGGCGGAGCCCUGGACGCGUCACAGCUGCAGUCGGGCUGGGUGCUGGGCUGGCCCCUCUGAAUACAGGUCCUUCCUUCCAGGACCCUGGUGCAGUUCCGAGCUCUGACGCAAGGGGGCAAUCCCGGCUUUUACAGGCCCUUCCUCACCGUGCCGCGGAGUCCAGCCCCGGCCUCGAAGCCAGUCCCCGACUCCUUUCAUGCCCAGCCUUCCCUCCGUCAGACCGCGACCGCGACCGCUCAGCCUCCGUGUCCAGCUCCCGCUCCGACCUCUCCAGACAGGCCGCUGCCUCAGGAGAACCUCCCGCUUCUCAGUUUAGUCCGUGUCUUGAUCCUCACGAGGCAAAGGCAAGCAGUUCUGGCCUCUCUUCUCCCACAUUUAGCCGAGAGCUACCUAACCGGCCUCUACCCGGCUCCGUAAUGGCUCCUCGGUGUGGGGAGAGACAGAAGGGGCGGCAGAAAAGACCAAGCACAGCUAAGCGGUGCGGGUCUGCUUCCAUUCACUCAUUCAAAAUAGCGUUGAGCACUAACUUUGUGCCUAGCCUUGGGCUGGGUGCUGGAGUCACAGAGGGAUAAAAAUCUGCAGGAAGCCCAGCGAAAAGACCUCUGGAAUGAUUGUUGGUAUUCCCACAAAGAACAGGGCUCCUUCUGAGCAGCGGGCCGGACUGACUUGGAGGCCUUGGAGAGGAGUAUGCCUGGGAACUGGAGAAAGACUGCUCGAGGCGCGUUUCUCUCACAAAGAGCCUGCAAGCUGACCUUGCUAAGUUCCUCUUGACCCUUGGCAGUUUUUCAGACCUUCCUUGUUCCUGAUGACCUUGACAGUUUGGAGGAGUACUGGGCAGGCAAUUCAUAGAAUGUCUCUCCGAUGGAAAUUUUCUGACGUUUUUCUUCUGAUUAGACUGGAGUUCUAGUAGGGAAGACCACAGAGGGAAAAUGCCAUUCUCUUUACAUCAAAUCAAGGGUACAUACUAUCAACUUGGCUUAUCAAUGUUGUUCUUCAUCUUGAUCACCUGGUUGAAGGAGUGUUUGUCAGGAUUCUCCACUGUGAAGUUACUCUUUCUCCCCCCACCUUUUUCAUACUGUCCUCUUUGGAAGGAAGUCACUAUGUACAGUCCACCCUGAAGGAGUUGGGGGUUAUGCUCCUCCUCGAGGUUCUACAUACAUUAUUUGGAAUUUUCCGCAGGAGAUUUGCCUAUGAUUGCCUAUUUAUUUAUGUGCUCAAUCAUUUAUUUAUAUCAGAAUAGACUCAUGGAUAUUUAUGUUAUACUUUGGGAUAUAAUCCAAUAUUUCUUAAUUUUGUUGCUCAACUUGUUCCAGAUUUCGCCUUUGGAAACUCUUUCAGUUAGUUGGCUCUGUGUCCGUUUGAUGUACCUCCAUCUUCCCUUUGUUUUGUUUAGGACUUCCUUACUUUCUGUACCACAGAAUGCUCCAGGCUCAUUUUGUAUAUUUCCUGCCCCAGUCCUUGAAUCAAACAUUUCUCUAAGGAGAAUGUUAGGGCCAAGUUUUAAUCUUUGCAAAUGUGUGUCUGGCUGGAAGUUAGGAUAGAUGAUCUGUCAGGUGGGCAGGAGUAAGACAACCCACCAUUAGGAGGGGACUUUCCCAGCCGUAGCAGCUACAAUUGCAAGGCCUUAGCUGAGAAACAGGUGACUCACCAGCUCCCAGAGUUGUCUCCACCCUCCCCUUCUUGCUGGCAUGACUGUCCCUAAACCAGCUCAGACAGAGGGACCUAGGUCGGAAAGUGUCCCCACCCAUGGGGCCUGUCGCAGGCCAAGUCAGGGCUUUUCCCCAUGCCAGCAGACACCUCCCCCCAUUUGUGUAUUAUUUAUAUAUACCCUUCAUACCUGCAGAAAGGAUUAAACAAGAUUACCCUCAAAUUUACAGCUACAAUAAAACUAUUAUUAAAAUUUGGGUAAAAGGACAAGAGUUCUGUGAAGAAGAGCCUCUACGUGUGUGUGUGUAUGUGUGUGUGUGUGUCUAGUAAUUUUGUCCGAGACACCUGGGUCCCUGAAUCACAGAUUGCUAGCACCAGAAGGGCUUUCAGAAAUAAACGGGCUAGGGGCGCCUGGGUGGCUCAGUUGGUUAAGCGACUGCCUUCGGCUCAGGUCAUGAUCCUGGAGUCCCGGGAUCGAGUCCCACAUCGGGCUCCCUGCUCAGCAGGGAGUCUGCUUGUCCCUCUGACCCUCUUCCCUCUCGUGCUCUCAUUCUCUCUCUCUCUCAAAUAAAUAAAUAAAAUCUUUAAAAAAAAAAAGAAAUAAACGGGCUUCACCUGUCAUUCUAUCAUGCUAAGAUGGAUCAGGUAAUUUCCCAGGAGUCACAAAGCUAAUGAGCUGAAGAACUAGGAAUGCUAGAACAGGUGUCUUGAUGUACAGGUCUUUUCAAAUCCCCAUUCUUGCCUCCCUUUCCAGGAGAGCAAAAAGAACAGCUUUUGCACCUCCUGUGGGAGACAACAGAAAGACAACAUUUUGGGGCCUCUUCCAUUUGCUAAAUGAAUAAACUUAUGUGGAUAAGUCUGAGAAGUCUUUGGGGCUAUAAUCUGGGAUUAUUAGUAUCCCCAGAUACUUGGAUGUAGAGAAUGUAGAAUGUAGACACUGGGAUAUAGAAGUGAUAUUGGAGAGGAUCCUACCAUUUCCCACAGUCAAGAUUUUAACAGUUAAGUCAGCAACUUUCUAGGUGUUGUCCUCAAUUUUUGACAAGGAAAAAAGGAAGGAAAAAUAAAAAUCAGGGAUCCUGAGACUUUUUCCAAGAGAUUUAGAGAUUUAGAUUUAUUGAUUUUUAUACUACCAAUUGUUUAAGAAAUGGAUCAUCUCUUUUCUUUAAUAUUCACUGCCUCCUCCCCUCCCAACACUCUCCCUGCAAGAACUCAAGAAGGAGGUGUUUUCAACCAUCUUUGUACAGGCUGAGAUGAAAGACUGGCUUGGAAUUCAGAGAAAGGAUCCUGGGCCUGGUGUCACUUGAUGUGGCUGCAAAAAAAGAUGAAAUUAGCUCUCUUGGGUGACCUUCCUAGAGCUACCUUGCAUAUCUUGUCUCAGUCUGUAAACUCCUUCUGGGGCAAGGACAGUGGGUGGCCCAGAACAGCAUCAGCAAAUAGGUAAUUACUAUGUGCUUUUGAUGAUGAUGAUGAAGAUAAUAUUUGGGGAUUUAGAAAAUACUCAAAUGGAGAAUUGUCCUUGGUGAUCCUCUCCAGCUAGACUCUCCAGCACCCCAAAUUCCUUUAGCAGAGUAUAGUGAAGGUGUUUAAGGUCUGCCUCCAGGCUUAAUCUAGAGGAAGCUCUUCCCUGGGAGUACAGUAAAUUCCUGCUUGAUGUGUUCAUGCUUGAGUUUAUCUUCUCUUUAUGAUCUAUAUAUUUUUUUUUAGAUUUUUUUUUUUGAAAGUAAUCUCUAAGUAACCCAACAUGGGGCUUGAACUUACAUCCCUGAGAUCAAGAGUUGAAGGCUCUAGGGACCGAGGCAGCCAGGUGCCCCCAUGAUCUAUAUAUUUUUAAAAAAUUAUUUUUUAAUUAAGAACAUUAUUAUCCAGACUCUCAUACUCGUGCAAACAUAUAUCUAGUUUUUCAUUUUGAACAAAGGUUUAAUUUGAACAGGCUGUAUUAUGUGUGUUGCAACUUGCUUCUUCCUCCUAACAAUAAAUCCUGGAUAGCUUUCUCCGCCAAGAUACCUAAAUCUGCCUCAUUUUGGCGAUUCUUUGUCCUUGUACCUGCGUGAUUGUCUGAGCGCCAGUUUUCCUUUGGCCUCUCUUCCUCCCGGCGUUUGUGAUUGCCUGGCCUCAUGGGGUGCACUGCGGAGGGAGGCGGGGCCGGAGGCCCAGCGGGUGGGCGGGGUCCGAGGCCGCUCGGGACAUGCAGAUGAGGUGGGCGUGGCCCCCACUUAUACCCGGGGUUAGCGGCGGGCCCGCUCGCCGGGCCUUUGCGGACUCAGUCAGAGGCACCCUGCGGAACCUGCUUUCCGGAGCACAGCGGAGCCUGGUCCCGGGCUGCCCCCGGAGCGGGCCAUGCCCCCGCGGGAGCUGAGCGAGGCCGAGUCGUCCCCGCUCCGGGCCCCGACCCCUCCGCCGCGGCGGGGCAGCGCGCCCCCGGAGCUGGGCAUCAAGUGCGUGCUGGUGGGAGACGGCGCCGUGGGCAAGAGCAGCCUCAUCGUCAGCUACACCUGCAAUGGGUACCCCGCGCGCUACCGGCCCACAGCGCUGGACACCUUCUCCGUGCAAGUCCUGGUGGAUGGAGCGCCGGUGCGCAUUGAGCUCUGGGACACAGCGGGACAGGAAGAUUUUGACCGCCUUCGCUCCCUCUGCUACCCGGAUACCGAUGUCUUCCUGGCCUGCUUCAGCGUGGUGCAGCCCAGCUCUUUCCAGAACAUCACAGAGAAAUGGCUGCCAGAGAUCCGCACUCACAACCCCCAGGCACCCGUGCUGCUGGUGGGUACCCAGUCCGACCUGAGGGACGAUGUCAAUGUACUGAUUCAGCUGGACCAGGGGGGCCGGGAGGGCCCCGUGCCCCAACCCCAGGCUCAGGGUCUAGCCGAGAAAAUCCGAGCCUCCUGUUACCUCGAGUGCUCCGCUUUGACGCAGAAGAACUUGAAAGAGGUGUUUGACUCGGCUAUUCUCAGUGCCAUUGAACACAAAGCCCGGCUGGAGAAGAAACUGAAUGCCAAAGGUGUUCGUACCCUUUCCCGCUGCCGCUGGAAGAAGUUCUUUUGCUUUGUUUGAACAGCUAUGGCAGCUAGGGAGCAGUAGGCCUAAGACCACAGACUUCUGGAAACUGGAGCCUUUGAGGAGGGUACUGGCAGGGCCAGGCCGCCCCAUGGGACUCAGUUCCCAUCUGAACACUGUGAGGACACAGGCCUCUAACUGCCCACUCUCAUAUGCGAGGGGCUCUGAUUUGGAUCUCUGGUCAAGGCUCACAGAGAAAUCCCAGCACUUGGAUUUUCGUGGGGUGGUCCUAACAGUGCCAGCCACCUCCAAGCAGUUAGGGAUCCAAUUCCCAGUUUCUUACCAUGAGCCUGCAGGUCAGCCUGGCUGAAUUAGGACCCCUUGUGGUGGUCCCCGCCUUGCCACAGGGCGGGGGAGGAAGAGCCAGGCAUUUUGGGGCAGGAGGGUGUCCAGCCCUGAUUUGGAGAGCAGUUCGGGAUGAACUGGGUAAGACAGAGGUCAAGGAGAGACUGAGAGGGAGCAGAAAGUGAGGCCUUGGAGCCUUGAGACAGGAGGCAGGCUGGUGAGGAGGCAGGUCAGAAGGCUAGGUUUGGAAGGAGGAAGAACAAGGAGAGCAGAAAAGUGCUGCAGCUGAGGAGCAAGGCUGACACCUGGGCUGCCCUCAGCCCCCAGGGCCCGGGAGGGCGGAGCUGGUCCCUGGGAAGAACUGGGGCUCAGGGCUCCCUAGGCACUGCCCAAACUGGCUGGGCCAGGAGCAGGGCAGGAAGCGAGAGGCAAGGCCCACCCGGAGGAGGGGGAGGAGCUGUGACCUAGAGCCUGGAGGAAGAAGGGGCUGGGGUCACCUUUCUCCAAGGCCACAGCCUGGAAGGUAGAGCAGUGCAGAAUCUACAAAUAAAACCUUAAGUUUCUGAA